GCUUUUCCCUCGGCUUACAUCACUAUUCAAUCAAGCAAAUCUUCAUCUACCAUGGAAGCAAGAAUGCAAUGUGGAUCUCAUCGCGUCGCUGUUGUUGAUUUGUCACUUUUGACAAGCUUGGAUGACUCAUGACCGAACCAUUUUACGACAGCUGACGUAGAAGGGCUGACUAUCGGAAGUAUCUUGCGAUAGAUGCAGCUCUCUGAGACCGAGAACACCGUACAUCGAGCAUUACGACCUAGCGAUCCAGAUGAAUAGUCUCGGAUGCUCCACUCGACGUCGGGGGAUCGGGGGAUUAGGACAAUAUAAAUACCUAGCGUAUUCGCUCAUCCUCAACCCUCAGCGUCAACGAUGAAGUUCUUCUCCACUGCAGUUGUACUUGCCGCCAUUACCGGUUUCGCUUCCGCGACUCCGAUCAGGCGCCAGGAUAACUCUACCAACUCAACUAUUAGCGAGACUCAGAUACUGCAAUUUGCGUUAACACUUGAGCACAUCGAGAGCUCGUUCUAUACACAGGCCCUCCAACAGUUCGACGAUAGUGCCUUUCAACAGGCAGGCUUUCCUUCUUUCGUCCGUGGCCGUUUCCAGCAAAUCAGCAAUCAUGAGCAGUCGCAUGUACAGCUUCUGACCGGGAUUCUUGGUAGCAACGCUCCCGCAGCUUGCAACUACUCUUUCCCUUACAAUGACCCAACGUCUUUCGCGAAUUUGUCGUAUAUUUUUGAGAGUGUUGGAACUUCUGCAUACAUCGGCGGAUCGCAGUACCUCGUGAAUAACACGAAGUACCUUCUCGCCGCGGGAUCCAUCUUGUCAACGGAGGCUCGCCACGCCUCAUGGGUCAAAUCAUCGGUUUCAUUGGCCGAGCCCUGGUCGAGUCCGUAUGAUGUUGUGCUUACUGGCAAUAUGGUCUACACGCUUGCUUCCCCGUUCAUCACGUCCUGUCCGUCCUCGAACCCGCAGCUUCCGUUCAAAGCAUUCCCGAAGCUUAACAUUACAUCCGCCGUGAACAACUGGACUACUCCAAAUCUCGGAGAGACGGUUAACUUGUCUUAUCAGAACUCGGCUCAGGGUGGCAACCAGUACCUUGCAUUUCUUUACGGACGAAACACGACCUUCGUCAGCAUCAACAAUUCGCAGGCUACCAUCCCGAGUAACCUUCAAGGUCUUGUCUUUGCUGCUGUAACAUCGAGCAACAGCUCGGACGUGACAGACGGAAACAUUAUCGCGGGCCCGACCUUCUUGCAGUUUGACUUCGGACCUGAGGUUCCGAAUUAUUAAAGUAACUAUUUGUGUUAUUCUUAUUUUUAACAUACGGCUUCGUGUAGGCUUAUGAAGAAAAACACUUUUAUACUCACUAUCUUGACUUCGCUUAUGGUUAA